UUUGGCUGCUCGACUGUCAGGCCCUGUCUGUCCUCCUGGCCCCGCCCACCCACCUGCUUCCUCUUUCUCAGCUCCGCCCCCUAACCCUUGUGUUUGCCCCGGAGCGGAGCAGUUCCCCAGGCCCCUCCCACUGCGGUGCCGGUACCAUGGACCUGUGCGGCCAGGAGGUGGAGGACUGUAUCAUGUACUUUAUUCUAAUGGGGGGCUUUCCUGUGGGCACCCACGUCGUGAAGGCUGGCAGCCUGUGUUGUGCCAGUGAAGAUACCUACCUGCAGCGGAUAUCGGGCGACCAGGCCCCCCACAUGUCGCUCAGCGUCACCGUUAUUGGGGAGACCGACAUUUUCGAAGUAAAUUUUAAUGACCUGGAGCCCCUGACCCGGCCCAUUGCCGCCCUGCUGCUGGCAGUGCCCGACCCUACGGAAAGGCUUAACUGUUUCCUGGAGAGGGGCCCCUUGGAGCAGGCCCUGGGGGUGGAGCCCGGGCAGCAGGUCAUGGUGACCCACGAGCAGAAGAUAUUCCCGGCUCUGGUGCACUUUGUGGGGAACAUCCUGGACACCAGCGCUUUGCUCCCCCCUGUGUACUUCGGCGUGGAACUGAAGGGCGAAGGGGAAGGCCGGGGGCACCAUGACGGCACCUACAAGGGAGUCACGUUUUUCAGCUGUAAGAAGAACAGCGGCCUCUUUUUACCGUUCAACAAAAUCCAUUUCCCAGGAUCCCUGCAGGCGGACGAUGUGGCGGCGCCAUGUUUGCGCAGAGAGGCAAGUGAGGUGAAGUCCGGGGAUAAAGUCGCCUUCUACAUAGAGGACACUCUGAAGAAGGGCAUCGUGGUGAUCACCGACACGCAGGAGUCCGACGGCUGUGUGGAAGUUCUACCGGAGGAUGGGGCGCAGAAUGAACUGCUGAAGAUUCCCCUGGGUUCCAUAAUGAAGGAGGAACUAUCGCCCGCAGGUGGUGCAGCUCAGGGCGCCGAUCUAAAGGAAAGUUCUGGAGCAAACAACCCCGGCGCCGGAUCUCUUGGCAUCAGCUGUAUGGUACAGAUCCAGUACAGCGGGGAGCAACUGGUCUAUGGGAUCAUUCGCUGGGUGGGGCCCCUGCCAGAAACAGAAGAAAUGAUGGCGGGGGUGGAGUUGGAGGAGGAGAAAGGGAUCACAAACGGCAGCUGGAAGGGGCACCAGUACUUCUUGUGCCCGCCCAAACGGGCCAUUUUUGUGAAACUAAAGGCCUGCCAGCCAGACACUCGAUUCUUACUCGGCGCAGACUCUCUCCCCAAGGACCUGGACCCAGAAGCACCCAGCAGAGACAACUGCUCCGGCACCAUACAGAAGAUUCCCCCCCUGCAGGGCACCAGAGCCGUGGACAUUCUGGAGGGGCGCAUGAAGGGCAUCCAGGGCCACUGCAAUUCCUGCUACAUGGACGCUGCCCUCUUCAGCCUUUUCUCAUGCAGCUCCAUCUUGGAUUCCUUGCUGUUCAAGCCCUCGGCUGCCCCUGACGGGAACAUCCAGAGGAUCCUGAGGGAGGACAUUGUCAACCCCCUGCGCAGAAAUGGCUUUGUCUCAGCCAAAAGUGUCAUGUUGCUCAGGCACCAGCUGAUGGAGGAAAGUCAGUGCCCCAGUUUCACCACAUCGGAGAAAGACCCAGAGGAGUUCCUGAACCUGAUCAUGCAGCGCAUCCUGGGAAUGGAGCCCCUGCUGAAGCUGCAGUCCGAGGGGCACAAAGUGCAGGACUGUUUCUGUUAUCAGAUAUUUAUAGAAAAACAGCCGCAAAUGACCGUGCCCAGCGUCCAGCAGCUACUGGAGCACUCGUUCCACCACUCCGGCCUGAAGCUGGCCGAGAUCCCGUCCUGCUUCAUCAUACAGACGCCUCGAUUCGGCAAGGAAUACAAAAUGUUCAGCAAAAUUGUCCCCUCACUGGAACUCGACGUCACAGACCUGUUGUACAACAGCCCCCGGGAGUGCGUGGUGUGCGGCCAAUUGGCCACCAAGGAAUGCGCCGCCUGCUUUAAAGACGUCAUUCUCUCCGGCUCCGGCCUCAAGCAGUACUGUGACGUGUGCUCUAAAAAGGUGCACUCCCACCACAUGCGCAAGUCCCAUAUACUGACCCCACUGUCGGUACCGGAAGGUUCUGUGCAGGGGCCCGGUCAGAUCCCGAGGGAAACCCUGGAGCUAUUCGCCGUGCUGUGUAUAGAGACCAGUCACUACGUCUCCUUCGUCAAAUACGGCCCAGAGAAGGGCAGCUGGAUGUUCUUCGACAGUAUGGCCGACCGGCACGGUAACGAAGACGGCUACAACAUACCGACAGUGAGCCUGUGCCCUGAGGUUGCCACGUACCUGGCAUCCCCACUGAAGGACCUGGCCGACCAAAACCCACGUGACAUGAAGGGAGUGGCCAAGCGUCUGUUCUGUGAUGCCUACAUGUUCAUGUACCAGAGCAAGAGCAUGGCGCUGUACAAGUAAAUCCCUUCGGUACCACUGGGCCAGUGAUACAUCUCUACGUUCUGUGAAUGUGGCCCUAGUGGGCGCCAGUCGGCCAUUUUAGCCUGGUACAGCUGCACAAACCAGUGAUACAUCUCUACGUUCUGUGAAUGUGGCCCUGGUAGGCGCCAGUCGGCCAUUUUAGCCUGGUACAGCUGCACAUACCAGUGAUACAUCUCUACAUUCUGUGAGUGUGGCCCUAGUGGGUGCCAGUCGGCCAUUUUAGCCUGGUACAGCUGCACAUGCCAGUGAUACAUCUCUACGUUCUGUGAAUGUGGCCCUGGUAGGCGCCAGUCGGCCAUUUUAGCCUGGUACAGCUGCACAUACCAGUGAUACAUCUCUACGUUCUGUGAAUGUGGCCCAGGUGGGCGCCAGUCGGCCAUUUUAGCCUGGUACAGCUGCACAUGCCAGUGAUACAUCUCUACCUUCUGUGAAUGUGGCCCAGGUGGGCGCCAGUCGGCCAUUUUAGCCUGGUACAGCUGCACAUGCCAGUGAUACAUCUCUACGUUCUGUGAAUGUGGCCCUGGUAGGCGCCAGUCGGCCAUUUUAGCCUGGUACAGCUGCACAUACCAGUGAUACAUCUCUACCUUCUGUGAAUGUGGCCCAGGUGGGCGCCAGUCGGCCAUUUUAGCCUGGUACAGCUACUCAUGCCAAUGAUACAUCUCUACGUUCUGUGAGUGUGGCCCUAGUGGGCGCCAGUUGGCCAUUUUAGCCUGGUACAGCUACACAUGCCAGUGAUACAUCUCUACGUUCUGUGAGUGUGGCCCUAGUGGGUGCCAGUCGGCCAUUUUAGCCUGGUACAGCUACACAUGCCAGUGAUACAUCUCUACGUUCUGUGAGUGUGGCCCUAGUGGGCGCCAGUCGGCCAUUUUAGCCUGGUACAGCUACACAUGCCAGUGCCUCAGAUGCCAACCUGUAGCACCCAGCGUGCCAAUGCGUUGGUACAAGGCCUGCCUGUACAACCAGCCGUGCCGGCUCUAGGUGCCCCCAGGGAGGGCCGGAACUAUAUUCUUACCCCUGGAGCAGCUGUGCUGUGGCCUCACUCGGAGCAGGACCCAUAAGCUCCGCCUAUUGCACUAUUUAUCCUAUUGGAAAUGGGCUUUCCCUGGCAGGAUCCGCUCUCACCAUUGUGGCUUCUCACGGUACAAAUACCCCUGCCAGCUCUGUUAUGGGCAAGAUUGGCAGGAAGGUGCCCUGUGCUGCCCCAGAGCUCAGGGAGUGAAUAUUCUAACUGCUGGGGGCAUUAAGUUGCCCUUUAAUGUGGCAUUACAGGAACAUACCCAGUGCUGAGCCCAUUGGCAGAGCCAUAGCACAUCGUGUUGCUCCGCCCGUGCCGCUGAUUCCCAUAGAUGAUGCUUUAUAGCCGGCAGGAAUAUGUGACACAAGCACAGACAGGGGGCGCUGUUCCCCUCCAUUCACUGCUAUAAGAUUGGUCUGUUUUUUAUGUAUUUAAUUGCUGUGACUGAUUGGUUACUGAUACCUCAGGGAAUUGGCAUAAUUGCACAGAAAAUAAACUGCAAUGAUAAUGCA